AUGCCUACCAGGAAGAAGCAACAGGAGAUGAAGGGCCAGAAGCUCGACACUGAACCGCCGAUGUUCUCAAGCAAUAUCGCUGGUAUCAUGGCCCUUUCCCCGCAGACCAAGUAUGAGAGCGGCAACUUCAACUCCGAGUUCACCACUGGCGGCGACACCUUCCCCAUCGAGCGCUUGAAUAUCACCGACAAGGUUCUGGACCAGUCUGACAAGUCGCUGAACCGCAAACUGUGGGAGUCGUUCCCUGUCAACAAGCACCUAGACGACAUCAAGAAGAUGGGCCAGGAGGCCAUGGUGCACACGGCCAUGGCGAUGCACAUGGGCAAUGCCAACAUUGCCGAGCUCCUCCCCGUCCACGCCAGGGACCAGCGCGCGCAGCUGUUCAUCAUUAUCUACGGCGUCUGCUCCUUCAUUGAGGGGGAGCAGGGCUCGCUCCUCGCCUCGGUCAUGCAAGACAUUGCCAUGCGCAAAGCCAAGAAUCGCAUCGACCCCAUCGCGACCGUCGUCGCUGAAGUCGAGGCGAAGAAGGACGAGGCAAAUGACCUAUUCCGCAGCAUCAACCUCGCACCCAACAAGGACCGUCGCACUGUCGACGCUCUUAUUGCCUACAUUCGUGCCCUUCUUGCUCUCGCUCCCUGGUACGCUUCUCCACUGGUCUUCUCAGGCAAGCAAGCUUUCGACUUCGGCAUUGCUCAGCUGCAGUCCGCGCUGCUCCUCAACAUCGCCAUCGCGUGCCAAUACCUCGGCGAUGCCGACCCCCGCUUCUACCGCAAGGCAAUGCAGUUUGCGUCCCUCAUCAUCGAGAUGCGCUACGUCAAGCACAAGACGCUCAUGAAGGCUAUCCAGAUUCUCAACUCGAACCGCAACGAGCUCUGCAGAAUCGUUGGCGAGUCUCCCGGCGCCAUGCCCCGCAUCGUGCAGGAGACUUUGACGAAGAUGGAGGCCAAGGCGGCCGAUGGGUGGGCGCACGAGAACUGCCGCACGGCGAAGCACGAGGGGUGCAUGUAG